GAUGUUACAGGUUAUAAAGGGAGAGCCAAGGAAGGCGUCCGGAGAUAUUUCUUCCGGUCCCGCCGCCUCUGCUCUGAGUACUGGGCUUCCAAGCGAGGCCGCAGGGGAUUCCCGGUCAACGCACCGACAGAGGACUAAUAGGGAUGCCAAAGGAAAAAUAUGAUCCUCCAGAUCCUCGCAGAGUUUAUACCAUCAUGUCAGCAGAGGAGGUAGCCAAUGGGAAAAAAUCUCACUGGGCAGAAUUAGAAAUCUCGGGUAGAGUGCGGAGUUUAAGUACAUCACUUUGGUCAUUGACACACUUGACAGCGCUGCACCUAAAUGACAAUUACCUUAGUCGCAUUCCACCUGAUAUUGCCAAGCUUCAUAAUCUGGUUUACCUGGAUCUGUCAUCCAAUAAACUCAGAAGUUUACCAGCAGAACUAGGAAACAUGGUGUCUCUCAGGGAAUUGCUUUUAAAUAACAAUUUGUUACGGGUUUUGCCUUAUGAACUUGGUCGGCUUUUCCAGCUGCAAACACUAGGUUUGAAAGGCAAUCCUUUGUCACAGGAUAUUCUCAAUUUAUACCAGGACCCAGAUGGAACCCGAAAGCUACUGAACUUCAUGCUUGACAAUCUUGCAGUUCAUCCAGAGCAGCUUCCUCAGAGGCCAUGGAUUACAUUAAAAGAACGAGACCAAAUUCUGCCAUCAGCAUCAUUCACGGUUAUGUGUUACAAUGUGUUAUGUGAUAAAUAUGCCACCCGGCAGCUCUAUGGCUACUGUCCAUCCUGGGCAUUAAACUGGGAAUACAGGAAAAAGGGAAUUAUGGAAGAAAUUGUUAACUGUGAUGCAGAUAUCAUUAGUCUUCAGGAAGUGGAAACAGAGCAAUAUUUUACUCUCUUUCUGCCAGCGUUGAAGGAGCGUGGAUAUGAUGGAUUUUUUUCUCCAAAGUCACGUGCCAAAAUCAUGUCUGAGCAGGAGAGAAAGCAUGUGGAUGGUUGUGCAAUAUUCUUCAAAACAGAAAAAUUUACAUUGGUGCAGAAGCAUACAGUAGAAUUUAACCAAGUGGCAAUGGCUAAUUCAGAUGGAUCCGAAGCUAUGCUGAAUAGAGUAAUGACAAAAGAUAAUAUUGGUGUUGCUGUGGUAUUAGAGGUCCACAAAGAAUUAUUUGGAGCAGGUAUGAAGCCUAUUCAUGCUGCAGACAAACAGCUGCUUAUAGUGGCAAAUGCCCACAUGCAUUGGGACCCUGAGUAUUCUGAUGUGAAACUCAUCCAGACCAUGAUGUUUGUCUCAGAAGUUAAAAACAUUCUGGAGAAAGCCUCUUGUAGGCCUGGCAGCCCAACUGCAGAUCCUAAUUCCAUCCCGCUGGUGCUAUGUGCAGAUCUUAACUCAUUGCCAGAUUCAGGUGUUGUGGAAUAUUUAAGCAGUGGAGGAGUAGCUGACAACCACAAAGACUUUAAGGAACUAAGAUACAACGAGUGUCUUAUGAAUUUCAGCUGCAAUGGAAAGAAUGGAAGCUCAGAAGGGAGAAUCACACAUGGCUUCCAACUGAAGAGCGCCUAUGAAAACUUGAUGCCUUACACCAAUUACACCUUUGAUUUCAAAGGCGUGAUUGACUACAUUUUCUAUUCCAAGACUCAUAUGAACGUGCUUGGUGUCAUGGGGCCUUUAGAUCCUCAAUGGCUGGCUGAGAACAACAUCACUGGGUGUCCACACCCUCACAUCCCUUCAGACCACUUCUCACUGUUAACACAACUUGAACUCCACCCUCCACUCCUGCCUCUUGUCAAUGGUGUUCACUUGCCUAAUCGGAGGUAGUGGAGUACUGCCCCGCAAAGACGGGGAUCUGUUGCUAUGGACCUGUACAGUUGUAAAUCAGAGUAUGUAGGAGUGAAGUAUGGCCAUCCUUAAGCUGCUUCUUCAGGUUCCUUUCAUUAUGUGUUUGCUAUAAGAUUUUGUACAUUUGUGUGCAUACUGGUAUCAUUUGGCACUAGGGCUGGAACCAAAGUAUUACUCUUCCCAGACUUUUAAUUUCAUGUUUUUAAAUUAGACCCUCUCCGUUAUAUUUGAAGUCAACAUUCAUAAUUGAAAAUCACCCACUUGAGGCCCAACAGUAGUGUAUGUUUCUCAAAAUGAACAUUUUCAAGUGAUUUCAAGUGAGCCAACCAUUUUUGUAAAAGACAAUUUUUAAAAACUCUUUAAGAUUUUAAACUGAGUGGUGGCAUACCUUGAAGGAAAAACUUUCUUGAAUUUUGUUUUCCAUUGUAACAAAAUUUUUGCAUCCCCAAGUUAUUUGCACAUUAACAAAGCACUUAAAUUUGCUAGAUUUGUACAUAGACUAUGAUAUAGCCUCUAGCCUUAGUAAGAAAAAUUGAGGAAUCAAAGAAGGUUGCACAAGAUGCUUUCAAAAUCAAGCAUUUAACAGCACAUGGGUUUGUUGGGCAAUUGCUUUGUUGGUUUUGUUUUGUUUUUGGAAGAAUCACUCUAUUUUUGCCUUCUCCCCCAUUAGUUAUUAUCUUAUUUAGAAGUAUUAAUUCUACGUCAGUCUCCAGUUUAUUUAUAGGGUAACCAGGUAAUUUCCACUGCCACACAUCUUGAAAAUAGAAUUUGGUAUAUUUUAGGAUGCCCACAAACUUUGUGUCCAGUAUUUUUCAUUAUCUCCAUCUGCCUUGCUGUGCUGGAAAAACAGAUACUUUAUGUCCUAUAUUUUUGCUAUUAUGGUCAAAUGUUUAGUGAAAGAAAAGGCCCUAAUCAAAGUUUUGGGGGUGGGGGUGGGAAACUAUACAAAUUUUCAUUUAUUUCUAAAGUAGGUCAGGUGGUUUUGUGUUUUUUUUUUUGAGGAGACAAUGUAAGGGUUUGGGGGAAUGGGAGAACAGGGAUUAGUUGACAACCUUGGAUAACUUUUCCUGAUUCUAGUUGCCAAAUGGCCAUUCUAUGCUUUUAAUCUUUCAGUUGUCUGUCAGGGUUGAGUUAAGAAGCUACUGGUUUAUUCCCAACUGAUGAUGCUCUUUAAAUAUGUUGGAAUUCUUUUUUUGCCCAGGCGAGGGGCCACUUGAAAAUCUGACUUGAGGCAUAUCAAUUUCUGGGGGAAAAAUUGGUUGGCUGCUUGAUGUUAAUUAUGACACAGUAACAGGAAAAGGUUGUGUCUGUGUUGUUUUUCUUUAUUCUGCUUUUUUGCUGCUAUAAGAGUUUUCUGAAAUUUAUAUUUUAAACUUUUCAUGCACUUUACUGUUUCUAGUCUCAAAAUGUGAUAUUUUUAAUAAACAAGAAAUUUUCCAUUAUGUGAAUGAAAUUUUAAAAGAAAAUAGCCUAUAUUUGUGUCUCAGUAAUAUAUAAAAUACAGGUCAAAUUUAAAUUAUUUAAUUAGUUUUAAGUAUAUACAAUUUUUCUCCUCAAACCUGACAUGUUAGGCUGUUUAUUAGUCUUAAUUGAUACACUUCCUUUGGUCAUUUUAUACUAAUUUUCCAUAGUGAAUUAAUCAGGCUAUAUAAGAUACUUCCCCUGAAUGGUAAUUUUAAUGGGAAGAGGGUGGUGGGAUGAUGUGAUAUCGGAGAGGAUUGCAUCAGAAGGAUUCUGUAAAGCCUAAACUCCUUUUUAAAGUGCCUAGUGAUAGAGGCGUUUUGUCAUCUACUAUAGUUGGAAUGUCACUGUAGCUGAGUGAAGUUGGAUGUAAAUAAAAGUCUUUUAAAACACAUUCAAGUUUCAGAGUAAAUAAAAGACAACCCUUAAGAUGACAGAUUUUCCUCAAUGUGCAGGUAUCCCUUCUUAUAUACCUCAAGCAUUCAACAUCUAGCCAUGCAAAUUGAUUACCUGAAGCAUAGUACUGGAAAGUAGAAUAGCAUGAAAAACUUAAUUUUGUGGACAUCACCUUUUUUUCCCCUCUUUUAAAAAAAUAAUCAGCUACUGUAUGCUUUAUUUUAAAUCUUUUGUUUUAGGUGGGUUUUCUGCUCUGGAGGUAUAUGCACUAACAAAACAUUUUCCUCCUUUCAUAUACGCAUGUUAAUUAGCAGUGUGAGCAAUAUUUCCUACCAUACUUCACUCCCAAUAUUUUUUGAGAUGUUUGUAUAAAAUGGAAUUUAAAGUUCACUUAUGAUUGUAUAUGAACCACAGAGGAGCCCAUUUAUUAAUAAAAACUUUUUAAUAGUUAAAUGUAGAGGGAAAAAAUAAAAAAAAUUGGGAAACAUUGUAAACAGCUUAAGUUUAUUUUGUGUAUGAUUGAGGCACUCUGUUGCAAGAAGGUGUGUACUUGGGUUCUCUCUGCUUCCAAAUGCACUCUUUCACACCAUUAUCCUGUGUAUUUUUAUGUGGUUUUAGUAAAUGUUGGUAGUAGCUCUGUUGAAGUAGGUAAUUGCGUUAUGUUUUGAGUGGCGCACACACUUGGGGCAUGGUAACCCAACUUUCAUGUGCACGGUUUCCCCUUAACCUAACUGCCCAAAUUUCACACACCCUUCACCCCUUGUUCCCUUUGUAAAAGGAGUGGUAUCUGUUUUGAGCUGCCAAUUCAGAUGAUCAGAAAUGCUGCUCUCCUCAGUAUUGUUAAACCGCAUGCCAUUUGGAACUUUGGCAGUGAGAAGCCAAAAUGAAGAGGUGAAUGACAUAUGGUCUAUAUAUUCAACGAAAGUAAAUGUUUAUGCUCAUAUGCUUUCUAGUUCUCAGAAUAAGCUAAUAAGCUUUAUACCAGGGGCUGCUGCAUAUUACCUGAAGGUGAAAAUUUGGGCAUUUUUAGAGUGAUGUUACUUUUUACUGUUAAAUAUGAUUUCUGAUAUUUGUCUUAAGAACUGGAUUGUUCUUUAAAUUUAUUAACAGUGUUUAAGGAAGGGAAAAUUGUACUGUUGGCCAUUACAGCAGUCUUAGAAGUGCAUGUCAACUCACCCGCUCUCUCAGGCAUCAGUAUCCACCUCAUAGCUUUAUACAUUUUUGAUGGGGAAUAUUGCAGCAUCCUCAGGACUGACAUCUGGGAAAGGCUCAAAUCCACUUACUGCUCCUUACUUGUAACUUUAAAAUAUUGUGCCUGGUGUCAACUUUUAAGCAACAGCACUGCCUAAAAGCAAGCAGAGAACAGAACCCCAGCACCAUUCUAUAGGCAACUUUUUAGAAUUCAGAUGUAGUACAUCUGUUUAAGAUUUAUGAUGUUUUAUGUAAAGAAUUUUGUACAAUGUAGCUGAGUAUUUUCGUUUUCUUUGAUGUAAGGCGUGUGAACGUUCCUUUGAAUAUCUCAUGUUAAAGUCAGGUAUGGCACAAUGGGUUCUGAGACCAGCUUUUCCUCCCUCCCAUUUGCCUUGCUCCAAGCUCUUUUCAGAUUGCUUUUCUGAUAUUCAUAGGCAGAUACUUAAUUCUUACUAAUAAGCAUCCUGUGUGAAUGUAUUAAAGAAGCCACUGGGUUUAGUGUUGUAGUUUGCAGAAAUAUAAAGCUUCAUCUCUUAUCCCUGUUUGGUCUUUAAAAGUUAUAUAUUAAGUUACAGAGAAGCAAGGGAAAGUUAAAAGCUCAUCACUUGAUUCUACUGUGGGUUGGUCACAUCAGAAUCGAGGAUGUGGCACACUCAACUUGCCACAUAAACAUACUGUGUUCCAUUUUAAAUGUUUUCUCCUAAGUAUGUAUUAUUCAAUAGGUAAACAAUCAUAUUUACAUUUCUAAGUUUCCGAAAAUCAACGCCAUCCAUACUUUAAAAUCAAAUAGUGAGGAGUAGAGAAAGCACAAGAAAGGACAGAUUAAGUGGGUAUAAAAUGGGUAAUUUGAUAGAACCAUGGGCAUAAGGUUUGUCACUCCUAACACAAGGCUGCUUUAAAUCAGUAGAAAUAGACAGCACCCCAAUACUUGUUAUUAAGGUCUUACAUUUAGAGUGUAUGAGGGAUUUUACUAGUUUUGUAAAGUGAGUGCACUGACUGAUCAGUAGCUUUGGCCCCCAGAAACACCAGAUUUUCUCAUACAGUUGCCAGGCCAUGAGAAUGGUUUUAUAGCAAGCUAAAACUUAACGGUUCAUUUAAAAAAUACUUGACAUUUAAAUUUUGACCAAAAAGUUAACCUCACAUUUGUAUUCUUCUCCACCUCCCCUCCCCUUAACACAACCAUCUUCCUGAUAUAUUCCUGAUUUGCUUUAGCUUUUUCCUUUUGAAUUGUAUCAUGCUUGUUAAAACUUUGGGAAUUUUCUAAGGAGGAAAACUAGAAUAUUUUCAAAACCAAGAACUUAAGGUUUGCUUUGUAGACACAUGAGGACUUUUAUACUUAGGAUUGCUUUGUGUGAUUUGAACUUUAAUAGCAUCAUGGCCACCAAAAUUUGAAUUCAAAAUUAUGGAAGUGAAAACAUCUUUAACUGGCAUAUUUACCAAAGUUGUGAUAUGUUUAAAAGCAGGAUGUUAAAAGCAUUUUUAUUUUGUAGAAUGAUCUGCAUAUCUUGAAAAAAGCAAAAAAAAAGCCCCAAUGUCUAUACUACAGGGUAUUCUAAAACAAGAUUGACAAAAAGAAAAUUUUAAAACCUUUUUUUUAAAGGAAGGUAUUAAGGGAGAGUAAACCUUUUUCUUUUAACCAAAAUUUUCAGUUUUUAUGUAAAAUUCUGUUAAAUCACAAGUCCUACAGCAGGAAAUGGUGGGAUACUAGGAAAAGCAAGGUUUAUUAACCUAGUUAAUAUUUUCAGUUGAUGUUUGUGUCUAGCUAAAUUUCAGUUAUUCUUGGAACCAAAGGAAAACAAGUAUGUUAUGAUUUUAGUCAACAAACACAUGACACUGAAGUAAUGGAAUGCUUUUACAGUCUCUUUCACCUUCAAAGCAUAUGAAAUGACAUUUCUGCCUAUUAACAUUUUCAUGACACAUAGCAUACACAAUAGCAUUGUGCUGAAAUGAGAAGUGUCAUCAGAAAUCAUAUCACGGAAAAUGUAUCCAAAUGCCAAGUGAGAUUUUGGCACAGAAGGCAUGGUAUGUUCAGCUUCAGAAACUUUCAGGAGGCAUAGUUUGGUACCUAUUAGGUUCCCCCCAACCCCCCAUUUAGAUAAUUUUCCAGCUUGUAAGUCUGUUACUUAUUAAGUGUAAGAGUCAUGGUGGUAGUACUCUCAGAAGUAGUCCUUGCUCAUUUCAGUUUUGUGUUACUUUCUAAUAUUGAUCUGUUAGGACUUUCAAGCUGUCAGUGGUUAUAUGCAUCCCAUUUGACUAGGUAUCUUAACUCAGUUGGCUCAGUGUUGAUGUUAAACAGUGGCUUUGCUUCUUACUGAACAGGCUGUUUCCUGCUACUUACUCCGGUCUUGAUACUGUAAGUAAUGCAAUAGUCUGGGUGUGUGUUCGCUCAGCAACUGUACUGUCCUUUUCUCUGUGAUUAACUUGCUAAAAAUAUAUUUCCCUACCUGUGAAAUUCCUGGGCGGUGCUCUGCCAACUUUUGGGGGAGGGAGGGAUUUGGAUAACUUACUGCACACUGGAUCUGGAAUUGUUCAGUGUUGUCAGUGGCAAGUAUCUUAAACACCAGCAGCACUGAGAAGUGCACUGUGGGCAUUCGUACAGUUGUCCAAAUGCAAAGCAGUUCUUUCAUCUAGGAGUAGCUGAGGACUUGAAGUUCUGGAGUGUGGAAUAUUUCAAGGACAACAAAUGUUUUAUAUUUGGUUCUUGUCUCGAGGGUGAAAUGGUGUGGAAUGAAAUCUUUUUAAAGAGAAAAUGUGUAUACGGCAUUUCUCUGAAAGGGCAAGGUGUUAGUCAAAUUCACCAUGGAUUAAUUCAUCCCUUUUAUAUAGUGAUUUAAGCAUAACACAAGUGUUGCUUACUGUUUGAGACCAUCUACCUUUCCAUUUGAAUAGGGGAGGUUACAUAUUUUUAUCUUGGCUUUAAGUUAAUCAUUAUUUUGCAUACAUUUGACUUAUUCUGUGUGACCUUUGUCUUUGUAAUUCUAAUAUGGUUGGAAAGCAAAGCACAUGAGUUUAAAACGGAGUAAGAUGUUUUCAUUGUCUCCUUGAGUACUUGGUAGAUACUACUAUUCCGAAACAGAUUGUUUUAGGUUGUGUAUUUACCUUGCUUUUGUGUCCUAAGGAAACACCAAGCACUAAAUCAAUUUGUUGUGUUCUAAUAAUAAAUUUAAAAUCUUAAGAUACUCUUUUUAACUCAAGAGCUUAAUGAAGUGCCAUGUUAUCCUAGCUUACUGGUGUUUAAUGUUUAAUAGCCUGGUUUUGUGGUGGUCUAAUCAUUUAAUACUGUCAUCCCUGGAGAAAGUGAUUUCUACUCUUACUGAACACAUUCUCUCUGACAAAAUCACCAGCUGCUUUAUUUUCCUAUUUAUUAAAAACAGUUGAUGAGGUCUGAAUCCUGACCAGCUGCUCAUCUGAGAUGCUUUCACAGUAGACACUGUACAAAAUGUGCAAAUGAACAUUAUUGAGUAGUAGUUUUCAUUAAUGUGAACAUUGACUAAACAAAGCAGUCCUGCCUUUUAAACCUUAUGGCAGCUCAGAAGGGAGGUGCUUAAGAACCUUAACUACUAUGUCAGAUGACAAUACUUUUUUUCAUUUGUGGAGAUUGGGUACUGCUCACACAUGAUGUAUAGGGCUAAAUAUAUGCUUGUUUCCUUGCACCUGUGUACUUCCCCAUCUCUCUCUCCCUUUCCUUUCCCUGUAGGCAAUAAAUGGCCAUUUUGCAACUGCA